ACACUUUUUUACAUUCGCAGGGACAGCCUUUGUGGAUCUGAACAAACCUGCUGCCGAAAGCAUCAGAUCAUCACUCAACACCAUCCCCAUGCUCAAACGGUACCACCUAGACCCAGCAAGCCUAUAACUCCAAUAGCCUUACAUGUUCCAGUACCACCCAUAAACCUUCCAGUUCUAUCUGACACCCCAAAUCAAUCGCUCUUGUUGGAGAUAUCUGCACUUCUGCAAGAGUUCAAUUCUCAUGAAAAUCCAUUAGAGCCCGAUGCAGAAUUCAUUUUUGACAUUACAACUUCUGUUCCCGUUCCAACCUCCCCGCCACAAUCUACAACUCCAUUUAAACCUAUAGUGUUCGGCGAUGUUGGACCAACUUCAGCAACUACCAGAACCACUUCAACCACGUUUAGAACAAAACCUUCUACCAUCAAAUCUACGACUGCCACGCCUACGACUACCCGGAGAACUACACUUGGUACUCUUAGACCACACCUGCCGCCCAAGCCUAAAAAGUGCGGACAACGCCGGUUAGCUAUCGCUAGCCGCAUUCACUUUCAAGACUCGGAAGAAGUCAUCGAGGAACCUCUCGAUGGGACGGUUAGUCUUGGGGAGUUUCCUUGGACCGUUUACCUGGAAGAGCGCAUUGGCAAUGGUAGUUUCCUGUACAAAUGUGGCGGUGCGUUGGUCACGACCGGUGCCGUGGUCACCGCAGGGCAUUGCAUCGCUAACGCACGUGAUCACCCAGAGAGAUUUGCGAUCAUCGCAGGUGAUUGGGAUCGUCGCCAUAACCAAGAAAGACUGCCUAGUCAGAGAAGAUCAGUCAGUCGUAUUAUCCUGCAUCCCGAGUACUAUUCUGGUUCACUGUUCAACGAUAUUGCAGUUCUGAUCCUGGACAUACCUCUAAAUGAUUCCCUUGCUAAUAUUGGAAAUGUUUGUCUGCCAACGCAAGAAAGUGAGUUCUCCGAAAGUAACUGCGUGCUGACCAGUUGGGGAGCCUCUCCAAGCAACCCAACGAAGGAAGAACCUAUCCAGCGGUUUAUCACGAUGCCAUUGGUUGAGAGUUCCACUUGUGAGGGACAUUUGCGGACAAACUCCACGUUGGGCAGGCGGUUUCGAAUGCACAGGAGUUUUAUUUGUGCCGGAGGAAAAGUUGGACUGGAUUCAUGCAAAGGUUCAGGUGGCAGCCCCCUGGUGUGUCAACGGAAUGGUUCCUACGUGCUGGCGGGGAUUUUGUCGUGGGGAGUGAGCUGUGGAGAAGGUGUUCCGGUGGUGUUCACGAACGUUGCUGUGCAAUCCAGUUGGGUGACGAGGGUGAUUGAUAGUUUGGAUGAUAAUGUGGUUCACUUUGUGUAAGAAUGUUUGUGAACCAAUUGGGCUUCUAUAAGAUGGAAAAUUUAUUGGUAGACUUGUUCUUUAAGUAUUUAUUUAUUGGGGGGUACUGAAAUAGUAAUACAUUUUGAAAAUCCUACUGUAAUGAGACGAUGUUGUGGAAUAAAUAAAAGGAAUUUAUACUUUUUAAA